GUGAAGAGUAAUGGCAUGGAGUAACAUUGGUCAAAACAUUGGUCACUAUAAGAACUAUAAACGAACCUCCUGUUUUCGUCGCGUUUAACUUGUGCAUUGAACUAUUUGGGCAAACGGAGGACGCCAUGACGCGCGCGUGGGGACCCCGUUUCUGAAACUGUCAAGAGCCGAUAUUUCCUUUUAAAUAACCGGAUACCUUAUUGGACAUGUGAGUUACCGGAGUUACGGUCAGCAACCGAGCAAAAUGAAGUUUCCCCUGUGUCUUCGAUGUCUCCUCAUCUCUUUCGUGGUGUUCAGGCCGAGCACAGCACAGUCAGUUUGCCCUGGAACAGAGAACAAGUUGAGCACGUUGUCAGACCUGGACCAGCAGUACCGCACCCUGAAGAAGCAUUAUGAGAACUGUGAGGUGGUCAUGGGAAACCUGGAGAUCACCAGUAUCGACCGUAACCGUAACCUCUCCUUCCUCAAGUCUAUCCGAGAGGUGACAGGCUAUGUGCUGGUAGCUCUGAACCAGUUUGACUACCUGCCCCUGGAGAACCUUCGCAUCGUGCGGGGCACCAAGCUUUACGAGGGACGCUACGCCCUGGCCAUCUUCCUCAACUACCGCCGCGACGGCUUCUACGGCCUCAGACAGCUGGGCCUUCGCAACCUCACAGAGAUCCUGAACGGGGGGGUUUAUGUUGACCAGAACAAGUUCCUGUGCCACGCCGACACCAUCCACUGGAGAGACAUCAUCAAGAACCCCCAAGCUGAACUCUUGGUGGUACCGUCCAACAACAGUGGCCUUGGAUGCAAACGAUGUCAUCGCUCUUGUAACGGACGCUGCUGGGGCCAUCAGGACAACCAGUGCCAAAGCUUGACCAAGACUGUGUGUGCUGAGCAGUGUGACGACCGUUGCUUCGGCCCCUACGUCAGUAACUGCUGCCACAGGGAGUGUGCUGGGGGCUGCUCGGGACCCAAGGACACAGACUGCUUCGCCUGCACCAACUUCAACGACAGCGGGGCGUGUGUGACCCAGUGCCCCCAGCCCUUUGUGUACAACCCCACCACCUUCCAGCUGGAAUCCAACCCACGGGCCAAGUACACCUAUGGAUCCUUCUGUGUGGAGAAGUGUCCCCAUAACUUUGUGGUGGACCACAGCUCCUGUGUGAGGGCUUGUCCCAGCAACAAGAUGGAAGUGGAGGAGAACCGCAUCAAGAUGUGUAUCCCCUGCACUGACAUCUGUCCCAAAGUGUGUGACGGCAUAGGGACUGGCAGCCUGCAGACAGCCCAGACGGUGGAUGCCAGUAACAUAGAGAUGUUUGUCAACUGCACCAAGAUCAACGGCAACCUCAUCUUCCUCAUCACCGGCAUCAAAGGGGAUAUGUACCAUGGUAUAGGGGCCUUGGACCCGGAGCGGCUCAACGUGUUCCGAACAGUGAGAGAGAUCACAGGGUUCCUCAAUAUCCAGUCCUGGCCAGAGAACAUGACAGACCUCGGUGUCUUCUCCAAUCUGGCAACCAUCGGUGGGAGAUCACUGUACAGUGGGAUCUCUCUGCUGAUCCUGAAGCAGCGUUGGAUCUCCUCUCUCCAGUUCCAGUCUCUGGAUGAGAUCAGUGCGGGCAACGUGUACAUCACCAACAACAGCCGCUUGUGCUUCUACAACACCGUCAACUGGACCAGCCUGUUCCGCACCAGCAACCAGAAGGCGCUCAUCCGCAACAACCGCGCCCCCAGCGAGUGCACCCAACAGAGGAUGGUGUGUGACCGGCUGUGUUCUGAAGCUGGCUGCUGGGGUCCAGGGCCUGACCAGUGCCUCUCCUGUCGUUACUUUAGUCGAGGACGUUCCUGUGUGCCGUCCUGCAACCUCUAUGACGGAGAUGAGCGUGAGUUUACCAAUGGUUCAGUAUGUCUGGAGUGUGACAGCCAGUGUGAGAAGUCUCAGGACAAGACCAUGACCUGCCUCGGAACGGGCCCAGAUCAAUGUGUGACCUGUCUUCACUUCAAAGACGGGCCCAACUGUGUGGAAAAGUGCCCCGAUGGCCUCCAAGGCACCAACAGCUUCAUCUUCAAAUAUGCCGAGGCCAACAACGAGUGUCACCACUGCCACACCAACUGCACCCAAGGCUGCAUUGGGCCUCGGCUCCAAGACUGUGUUGGAAUGAUGGACAGGACGCCCCUGAUCGCGGCCCUGGUGAUCGGUGCUCUGUUUGUCAUCGUCAUCGUGGCGCUGAGCGUGGCGGUCUACGUGCGCCGUAAGAGCAUCAAGAAGAAGAGGGCUCUGCGCCGCUUCCUGGAGACAGAGUUGGUGGAGCCCCUGACCCCUAGCGGCACAGCCCCCAACCAGGCCCAGCUUCGCAUCCUCAAAGAGACAGAGCUCAAGAGGGUUAAGAUCCUCGGCUCGGGAGCCUUCGGCACAGUCCACAAGGGUAUCUGGGUCCCAGAGGGCGAGACAGUAAAGAUCCCAGUGGCCAUAAAGAUCCUGAACGAGGCUACAGGGCCCAAAGCAAACGUGGAGUUCAUGGACGAGGCUCUGAUUAUGGCCAGCAUGGAGCACCCCCACCUGGUGCGUCUCCUGGGGGUCUGCCUGAGCCCCACCACACAGCUGGUCACGCAGCUCAUGCCCCACGGCUGCCUCCUCGACUACGUCCACGAACACAAGGACAACAUCGGCUCCCAGCUGCUGCUCAACUGGUGUGUCCAGAUCGCCAAGGGCAUGAUGUAUCUGGAGGAGAGAAGGCUGGUCCACAGAGAUCUGGCAGCCCGUAAUGUUCUGGUCAAGUCCCCCAACCACAUCAAGAUCACAGACUUUGGCCUGGCCAGACUGCUGGACGUCGACGAGAAAGAGUACAACGCAGACGGGGGCAAGAUGCCCAUUAAGUGGAUGGCGUUGGAGUGUAUUCACUACAGGAAGUUCACACACCAGAGUGAUGUGUGGAGCUACGGUGUGACUAUCUGGGAGCUGAUGACUUUCGGAGGGAAGCCGUAUGACGGCAUCCCCACACGGGAGAUCCCAGACAUCCUGGAGAAGGGCGAGCGUCUGCCUCAGCCCCCCAUCUGCACCAUAGACGUCUAUAUGGUCAUGGUUAAAUGCUGGAUGAUAGACGCAGACAGCAGGCCCAAGUUCAAGGAGCUGGCUGCAGAGUUGUGUAGGAUGGCCCGGGAUCCCCAGAGAUACCUGGUCAUCCAGGUACGGCUCAGCCCUGCUCUCUCUCUCUCUCUGUCUGAUCGCUGGUGGAUGAGACACAAGGCAGUACAGUCCACUCCUGAGAAAUGCUUGAAAACCCUGUUUAGAAGAAUUGCAGUUCGCUGAUCUUAAAUAUUUCCUUUUUACUCUGCAUAUCUGUGUACUCUGGUUGAAUGCACAUGUCCACAACAGUCCCAAGCUAUUGUAAAAAUCAGGAUCAUGUUGAGCAAGUAGACAGCUGAGGCAUACCCUGAACUUGACCAAUUCCAAAUCAAAUCAAAUUGUAUUUGUCACAUGUGCCACUUACAGUGAAAUGCUUACUUACAAGCCCUUAACCAACAAUGCAGUUUUAAGAAAAAUAAUUGUUAAGUGAAAAUAGAUAAGUAAAAAAAAUGAUAAAAAUUACAAUUAAUUAUAGAGCAGCAGUAAAAUAACAGUAGCGAGUCUCUGUACAGGGGGUACAGUGUCAAUGUGCGGGGGAACAGGUUAGUGGAGGUAAUUGAGGUAAUAUGUACAUGUAGGUAGAGUUAAAGUGACUAUGCAUAGAUAAUAAACAGAGAGUAGCAGCAGCGUAAAA